GGCGUUAGCGCAGAAAGCUCUUCCAGCAUGACUGUGAAGCGAGUUAAAGUUACUGUAAAGCGCUACUAACUUGGGCUGAAAGUCCACAGUGUGUGAACUCACUGGCAUUAUAAGAAUGUUCCUAAAAUGGCUGUAGCAUUGGCAGUUUCUGGUCACCGUAUGCAGAAAAGUGGAUGUUUGGAAGUCCUGGUGCGAGACCGAUGGCACAAAGUUUUGGCAAACUUAAACGAGGAGUCUUUCGCACUGAGCUGUGAGGACACAGGCGAGAACGGCAACUUGAAUGGCAUUAGCAAUGGAUGUUACAGGAGCGGCGGGGAUCACCCCGACCCCACGAACACUUCCAAAACUGGAGUGAGGACGGAUUUACCGGAGCAAGUGCCAGAGGCGAUUGCUAACAGAAAAAGAUGCGUCAAAGUUGUGAAGCAAGAAGUAGGAGGACUGGGUAUAAGCAUCAAAGGGGGCAAAGAGAACAAGAUGCCAAUUCUUAUUAGCAAGAUUUUUAAAGAUCUCGCUGCCGAUCAAACGCAGGCGCUUUACGUGGGAGACGCAAUAUUGUCUGUGAACGGAAUAAACCUUCGGGACGCCACCCACGACGAAGCCGUUCAGGGGCUGAAACGGGCUGGGAGAGAAGUGACGCUUGAAGUGAAGUACAUGAGAGAAGCCACCCCUUAUGUGAAGAAAGGCUCUCCGGUGGCUGAGAUCGGAUGGGAGACCCUUCCCCCAGAAUCUCCUCGACUUGGCAGCCCACCCUGUGAAGUCUCCACCUCUCCUGCGCUAUCUCUGCAGGGUGACCGUAGACGCAUCCCUCUCAAAAUGUGCUACGUCACCCGGGCCAUGACCACCCCUGAUCCAGAAAACAGGCAACUGGAACUGCAUUCGCCCGACGCGAAGCACACGCUCGUGCUGCGCUGCUCAGACCCGCCCACCGCCCAGGCUUGGUUCGAGCUCCUGCAGUCAGCCGCCAACCGCAUCACGGACAAGGUCGUCGCCGAGUUCCGGGAGCACACGACCAGGAACGGCGCUGGAGGGCGUCGCGAGAUACACCACCUUGGCUGGCUAGCAGAGAAGACGGAGAGCGAGCGGCAGCGCUGGAAGCCAGUGGUGGUGGUGGUGACAGAGAAGGACCUGAUGCUGUAUGACAGCAUGGCACGCUUGAAGGAGAGCUGGCUCAGCCCUGCUCACACGUACCCCCUGCUGGCCACACGGCUGGUGCAGUCUGGUCCGGAUCGGUGUUUGCCCCAGCCCGGUGGGGAGCUCUCCUUCGUCACACGCACGGGCACGAGGCUGGGCAUUGAGACGCACGUGUUCCGAGCCGAGACCUGCAAGGACCUCUCCCUGUGGACCAGACACAUAGUCACGGGCUGCCACGCGUCAGCCGAGAUGAUCAAAGAAGUCACUACCAGCUGCCUGUAUGGAGGCCAGGACUGCAGGCUGGUGAUCCACUAUGAGCGGGGCUUCUCUGUGCUCCCCGAGAGGGAGGACUCUGCAGGCCAGCCCCUCUUCAGUUACCCCUUUGAGAGACUCCGAAUGUCCUCUGAUGAUGGAGUACGAAUGCUCUAUUUGCAUUUUGGAGGCAAAGAAGGUGAAAUUCAGCUGGAUCUACACUCCUGUCCCAAGCCCAUAGUGUUCAUCCUACACUCCUUCCUUUCAGCAAAGAUCACAAGACUGGGCUUGAUGGGCUGACAUGAACCGGUCAAUUCCGAAACAAGGACUCAGGUCUCAAGUGAACAGAGAGGACAGGGCCAGAACAGAAGAGAAAAUCUGAAGGACUAGUAGUAAAAGCUUAAAUGCUAGAUAUCCAUCAUCACUUUAGCUGCAGUCUUAUUUGUGAGAUGUUACAGUGAAACACAAUCAGCUCCACAUACAAUGAUUUAGUUAAACUAAAAUCUAACUCCAAAUGAACACUAACUUAUAAUUGGAAUAUUAAGAGCAAAGCAUUGCUUAAGAGCCCAUUCUAUUCUGCAAAGUAUUAUGCACUUAAUGUUAACUUUAAUCUUAACAUGAUGAUAAAGAGGCUUAUAUGUAUGACGGCUGUCUUUAAAUAGUUAUUAUUGUCUUAUGACUUUGGCAGCUAAUACUGGUUAGACAGAACUAGUUUUAAGCCCUACGAAUUCACAUAAAAGUUUAAUGGUG